AUGUUAAAGGGAGACACUUGAGUGCUGGGAGUAUGUUGAGCACUUGGGUGGCUUCUGCUGGUGUAGGAGUCUCAUUACACUGAAGUUGGGAAUUGUAAUUUCACCUGGAUGUACUGCAUUAUGAGGGGAAUAGAUGUCUUUUUAACAGCGACGAAGCCAAGUUGUGGUGUCUUCAAUAUUUAAUUGUUAAUCUUGUAUACCUCACCAGAUGCACUCGGAACACUAUUCCGGGAGAAAAUUUAUGGAUACCCACCUCAGUGUGUCUCAAUGUCGCCUCGUGGCAUUUAGUCGUGGUUUCGCUGGUGACAGUGCAUGAAGUGUAGUCGUGUACGGUGGAUAUAGAGCGCGAUAUGACGCGGAUUUUAGAUAUGCCGCUGGUGCAGAUGGAAUCGCCAGUUGAUGGUCCUAUCAAUACUCAAGUGACCACACAACUCAGGAGCUACAGCAAAUGGGCUCCAUGUGAACAGGGUGUGACUAUGGUUUGGCGGGAUCUUAGUAUUUAUGCCCUGGCUGGUGGUGCCUCUUCCAAGAAAGGUCUCAAGCGUAUCAUCAAUAACGUGACGGGUGUCGUGAGGUCUGGAACGCUAAUGGCAUUGAUGGGAGCUAGUGGUGCUGGAAAGAGUACCCUAAUGUCUGCACUGGCAUAUAGAGAACCCCCGGGAGCCAUUGUUCAGGGAGAUAUUCUGGUCAAUGGACGUCGUGUUGGCCCAUUCAUGAACACAAUGAGUGGCUUUGUGCAUCAGGAAGACCUAUUUGUGGGUACGCUGACAGUCCUUGAACAUCUCACAUUUAUGGUGAACCUCAAGGUGGAUAGACGAAUGUCUCAGAGGGACAAGAAUGCUCUAAUUAAUGAUCUACUCCACCGAUCAGGUUUGACAAGGUGCACAAACACUAGAAUCGGUCUUGCUGGAGAUGGCAAGGUACUAUCAGGUGGUGAAAAGAAAAGACUAGCCUUUGCCACCGAACUCAUUACAAAGCCAGCAAUUCUUUUCUGUGAUGAACCUACCACCGGAUUGGAUUCCUUUUCAGCACGAUUCAUAGUGCGCACUCUUCAGGACCUUGCCCGUCGAGGUACCGCUAUAAUUUGUACAAUUCAUCAGCCCUCUAGUGAACUCUUUGCCAUGUUCCACGAAGUAAUGCUGUUGGCUGAAGGUAGGGUAGCUUUCAUGGGACCACCCAAUAAUGCCCUUGGGUUCUUCGCUGAGCAUGGGUACGUGUGUCCUGAUGCUUAUAACCCAGCCGACUUCAUGAUCGGCCUCCUGGCCACUUAUCCUGGUGAUGAGAACAGUUCCCGUCGCACGGCACAUCGUGUGUGUGAUUUGUUUGCGGUAAGCCCUAUGGCUGAGGAACGCGAUGUUCUGGUGAACCUUGAGUUUCACAUGGCUGAGAAGGCGGAAUUUGACAUUGAGGGACAUCAUGGGAGAAGAAUGCGCAAUCUGUGGUGGUAUAAGAAGAUUUAUUGGCUCGUUUAUCGUGCUUUCCUGUCGGUGACACGCGAUUCGAGCAUUCAAACACUGAGGAUUGUACAAAAAAUCGGUAUUGCCAUAACAGCGGGACUGUGCUUUGUUGGGGCUGUGGAUAAAACACAGAAAGGCAUUCAAGCGAUGCAAGGUGCAAUUUUCAUUUAUGUCGCUGAAAAUACCUUUACGCCAAUGUACUCAGUCCUCUCCACAUUCCCCCAAGACUUCCCCUUGCUACUGAGGGAGAAGAAAUCCGGUCUCUACUCCACUGGACAGUUUUACAUAGCCCAUAUACUGGCCAUGAUGCCGGGCUUAGUUGUGGAACCACUUCUGUUCAUAUGCAUUGGAUACUGGCUCAUGGGACUUCGUCAGACAUUGUAUGCUUUCAGUUUGACAGCCUUGGCUGCCAUUAUGGCCAUGAAUGCCUCAACAGCUUGUGGCUACUUCUUCUCAGCGGCCUUUGACUCUGUUCCAGUUGCUCUGGCAUAUUUGGUGCCCUUCGACAAUAUCCUCAUGAUCACGUCAGGCAUCUUCAUUCGACUCGAUACACUGCCAGAAUUUCUAGAAUGGACAAAGUACUUCUCUUGGUUGAUGUACUCAAUGGAAACAAUGACUAUUGUUCAAUGGGAGAAUGUCUACAAUAUAAGUUGUCCAGUCAAUCCCAAUUUACCGUGCUUGGAGAAUGGUGAUGCCGUGUUGGAUCAAUACAGCUUCUCAGCCAACAAUUUGACCAGAGAUUUAUGUGCACUUUGUGGCUUUUACUUGGUCUUCCAUUUUCUUGCCUAUUUAUUUUUGUGGCGCAGAACAAAGAAAUAGCCACCAAUCGUGUUCAUCUGCUUCACAAUAGCGUCCAGAGUCUUCAAGUACAUCGAUUAGAACCAUCAAGAGGUCAUCAUGCUAUAUAACAUCCCUCCAAUCCCACAUUGUGUUUCUUGCUGUACUUUCAUCCAAUAUUUGGCACAAUUUUAAUUAUGUCGCACGACAAAGAGUACUCAAUAAGCUGUCGCUAUCGGGAGGGCAAAUUAAUGAAAAUCUCUUUUGUAAUGAAGUGUAGAUGUUAUAAUCAGUAAUAAAUUUUGUGCAAAAUUUAUUGAG